CGACGUAUCGGGCAAGCAUUACCUCUGCGACGUGGCCAGGGGGACACAUCAUCGCGAAACCUCCCGAACUGUACCAACCCGAAGAUUAUACAAGACGCUAGCAGCCGCUGCAGGUAGCCAAAUAUGUCCGACUCCCCUCAAUCUCCUCCAAAGGAUGUCGACCAAGGUGCACAGUCACCCGACGAAGAGCAAAUGAAUGAUAACCAGGAUCCCCACUCAGCCGGAGGGGCUGGCUACGAGUUUGAAGGUGUUAAGGAGCAAGACCGGUGGUUACCUAUAGCCAAUGUUGCCCGAAUUAUGAAGAAUGCCCUUCCUGAUAAUGCCAAAAUUGCAAAGGAGGCAAAGGAGUGCAUGCAGGAGUGUGUUAGCGAGUUUAUCUCCUUCAUCACUAGCGAAGCAUCCGAAAAAUGCCAACAGGAAAAGCGCAAAACCGUCAAUGGAGAGGAUAUUCUAUUCGCCAUGACUUCCCUAGGUUUCGAAAACUAUGCUGAAGCUCUCAAAGUGUAUCUGUCAAAGUACCGCGAACAACAAAAUCAAUCGAACCGAGAGCGCGUCUUGGAGAACAACAACAAUAACUGGGGGAAUCCCAUGAUCCCUGGCGAAAAAGCUGAGCCUGGCGCAGCCGGUGCCGAGUAUGCCGCUCCCGAAGCAGCGAAUCCCGCUGAAGGCGCUACCGACCCGAACUACAUGUACGCUUCCCAUGCCGGUCAUAAUGGAGCAGGUGCUGGCGAAGGCUACUAGAAUGCCUUUGCUGGUGGGCUGAGACUGGGCUAGUUGACAGCUUAAGCCGACGGCAGUUGGUUGAGCUCCUCCUCCUAUUGUCAGAGAUUAUAUAGGCCUUGGUCUUCGAGGUGACUUCUGGAUCUCGCAUGACUACAGGGGCCAUAGCUCUCAUCUCAAAACGCGACAUGUAAAAGUAUCAUUACGAAUACUUGGCUUAUCUGACUUGGAGUUUACAACAUUAUCGGCGUAUAUGAAGUCUCAAAGGACUGG